CUCACAUUCAGACACGCCACAUCCUUUACCAUCAAACAUUAGCUGGAUAGGACUAAUAAUGGAUGUAGGAGUUGUGAUCUACACGUUGUUGGAGGUGCUCAUUGCGGUCAGCUGCUGUCUUGGUAAUAUGUUGGUUAUUUUGGCAAUGUGGACCAGUAAAAGCAUUCAGCAACCUACCUUCUGCCUUAUUGUCUGUCUGUCUGUGGCUGACUUGAUGGUUGGCUGUGUGGCCAUACCGUUGGCUGUGCUGGUGGACGGACGAGUCAAGACUUCAUUCUAUGGCUGUCUCUUCAUCAGCUGUGUGGUCAUCCUGUUGACCCUGGUCUCAGUUUUGUCUCUCUCGGCUAUUGCAGUGGACCGAUUCCUCCGUGUGUAUGUCCCUCUCAGGUACAAAAGGACUGUAACACAGAGACAUUCUUGGCUUGCGGUAGCAGCAUGUUGCCUUGUUGCAAUACCACUGAGUUUUGCUCCCAUGCUUGGAUGGUACGAGCAUAAAACCUUGCCUAACCCAAGCAACUCUACUAUUACCUGCCGGUUUAUAUCAGUGAUGCCAAUGUCAUACCUGGUUUACUUCAACUUUUUUCUCUGCACCCUGAUACCUCUGUUGGUGAUAACUUUCUUGUAUGGCUACAUUUUCUGUACUAUUCGAGGAAGUCUUCGAGAGAAACCAGGCAACGGUUUCCAAAAACAAUCUCAGAAUUACCUAAGGAAAGAGAAACAGCUGGCAGCAUCUCUGUCUCUGGUCUUGGCUCUGUUUGCCCUGUCCUGGCUCCCUCUCCACAUAAUGAACUGCAUUGUUUACUUUGGUGGACCGAAUGAUGUACCAAUAACAGCUUUCUACAUUGGCAUCCUGCUUUCUCAUGCUAACUCAGCUGUAAACCCAGUUGUGUAUGCGUUCAAAAUACAAAAGAUCAGGACUGCAUACCUGAAGCUCUGGAGAGGAUAUAUUGGAUGCGGAGAAGAAAAUCAAGGAUCUCAGACAAGCCAGACAACAGACAACAAUCUUAGUAGUAACUUACAAUAGUAACAGUAAGUAAGUGUUAAAAAAUGAGUGAAGGAAUAUUUCCUUGUUUUAGAGCUUUUUUGUUCCUAAGGACCAAGUUUGACUCACUGUUGUACAUAAUUAAACAUGUUAACAUUGUGUGAAAGGUUAAGAAAGUCAGUUCAAAUAUGUGGAUUGUAUUGAAAUCCUAAAGCUACCUUUUGAAUGGAUUUUGAAAGAUGAUGUUCUGUGUAUUGAUACAGUAAACAAAUUUAGCCAUCUUUACUGAAAGAUCUGUUAUCUUUUAUGUUCAGGAAUCUGUGUGUCUGGGUGUGUCCUAUAUAUGCAGUUGAGCAUGCAUGUGUGCCUGCGUGUAUUGCGAAAACUGUC